UGAGAGCCGGAUGGGCAACUGGGCGACUCUCGGUGCCUCGUUGAGGAAAAAAGUCAACUAAAGAUGGGCAAAGGAGACCCUAAGAAGCCUAGAGGCAAAAUGGCAUCAUAUGCAUUCUUUGUGCAAACUUGCCGGGAGGAACACAAGAAGAAGCAUCCAGAUGCUUCUGUCAACUUCUCAGAGUUCUCUAAGAAGUGCUCAGAGAGGUGGAAGACCAUGUCUGCUAAAGAAAAAGGAAAGUUUGAAGACAUGGCCAAGGCGGACAAGGCUCGUUAUGAGAGAGAAAUGAAAACCUAUAUCCCUCCUAAAGGGGAAACAAAAAAGAAGUUCAAGGAUCCCAAUGCACCCAAGAGGCCUCCUUCGGCCUUCUUCUUGUUCUGUUCUGAAUAUCGCCCCAAAAUCAAAGGAGAAUACCCCGGCCUAUCCAUUGGUGAUGUUGCAAAGAAACUGGGAGAGAUGUGGAACAAUACUGCUGCGGAUGACAAGCAGCCUUACGAAAAGAAAGCUGCCAAGCUGAAGGAAAAGUAUGAAAAGGAUAUUGCUGCCUACAGAGCUAAAGGAAAACCUGAUGCAGCAAAAAAAGGAGUUGUCAAGGCUGAAAAGAGCAAGAAAAAGAAGGAAGAGGAGGAAGAUGAGGAAGAUGAAGAGGAUGAGGAAGAAGAGGAAGAUGAAGAAGAUGAGGAUGAAGAAGAAGAUGAUGAUGAUGAAUAAGUUGGUUCUAGCACAGUUUUUUUUCUUGUCUAUAAAGCAUUUAACCCCCCUGUACACAACUCACUCCUUUUAAAGAAAAAAAUUGAAAUGUAAGGCUGUGUAAGAUUUGUUUUUAAACUGUACAGUGUCUUUUUUUGUAUAGUUAACACACUACCGAAUGUGUCUUUAGAUAGCCCUGUCCUGGUGGUAUUUUCAAUAGCCACUAACCUUGCCUGGUACAGUAUGGGGGUUGUAAAUUGGCAUGGAAAUUUAAAGCAGGUUCUUGUUGGUGCACAGCACAAAUUAGUUAUAUAUGGGGACGGUAGUUUUAUUUUCAUCUUCAGUUGUCUCUGAUGCAGCUUAUAUGAAAUAAUUGUUGUUCUGUUAACUGAAUACCACUCUGUAAUUGCAAAAAAAAUUGCAGCUGUUUUGUUGACAUUCUGAAUGCUUCUAAGUAAAUACAAU